UUUGUAUACUUGGAUAGGAAUUGAAUUAAUGUUAAAAAAGUGUUCGUCAAUGAUUGUUGUUUAAAGAUGAUUUGGAAUAUUCAUGUGUGUUCUGAUAGUCUUUGUCAUUUGGAAAUAUAUAGUUUGUCAAAUACCAAAGUCAUUACGGAUUUAAAAUUCCGUAAUGAAAUGAUAUCAAAUAAGCAAGCAUGAUGACAACCAGGUAUAAUCCAGUGUGAUAGCAUCUAAUAAAUGGGUUCGGUCAUCUGUUGUUGCUGCUGUAAUGACUUCAUUGAAGAUGAUGAUUUGCGUCAAACAGACAAAAAUAUAUUAGAUUUAGAUAAACUAGUUAAAAAGCGAGCAUGGGCUCUGUAUCAAGAACAUACACGAAGAUGCUUGCCCCGAAAAAAAGAUAAACUUGAUCUGGUGUUGGAUUGGUCUCGGGUUAAAUUUAUUCCUGACGAACCUAACUUCGAGGAUUUCAACGUUGGUGGAAAAGAUGCAGAUGCAGUUCAUGUUAUUUUCAAAACUGUCUUUGAAAACAAAAGCAAAGUCGAGCAACAACAUACACUGAGAGCAGAAAGACAAACUUCGUCGUCUUGUAAAAGUUGUUUAACAAAAGGAUACACAAUGGGUUUCGAUGUUGGAUUAUCUCUUUCAGCACCAGGCGAUAUUGCAAAUGCUGCCGUUGGAUAUUCGAAAGGAUUUUCGCUCGAAAAUGCAAUUGAAAACUCUGAGGAAAAAUCGCUUACAUGGGUUGCUGAAGGUUGUUUGAGAGUUCCAGCAACAUCCACUAUUACAGCAUCGAUGCAAAUAAAAGAACGACAAAGUGAAUUUUCGUUUGUAACAUGGGUAGCAGUUAAAGGAAUCGUCAAAGGAAUAUUUUACAACCAAAAGCAACAAAGCAUGUAUACAUGCACAUUGAAUAUGAGAACAAUUAUUUUUGAAGAAAUUCCAAAAGAAAUGAGAAAGAAAGAAAAUGGAAUAUACUUUAUCAAAAUUGAGGGCAGGUGUAAAUUUAAAUACGGAAUCGAACAAGAAAUUAAAAUCAGCUAACACAACUUCGUAAUAUGUCCUCUACCCUGACAAAUUAAAAGUCACAGUGUGUU